AUGCUACCCACCUCGCGCAUCGACGCCGAAAAAAGGUCUUCCCAAACCAACGUCGACUUCGAUCACCAAAGGGCAGCAGCAGCGUCUUCGUCGUCGCCUUCCUCGCCUCACGUCCCUACAGGCUACUCGUCUUCCGCUUCCACCUCAUCCGCCAUCGAUUCAUCCCACGACAUCCCUGCGCCUUACCGCAAGCGCUACAUUGAUAACCACGACACGCUCCUCCCCACCUAUUCUCCACCCGCUACCACCUACCUCGCUCACGAAACGCCCAGUAGAAUGAGCAGUCCAGCUCCCAACAGCAGUCGACGCUUUGCCGCCGGCUUUGAUCCAUAUGCUGCAAGCCCUGUCACUUCGGGCCGUGCUGGCCAAUUCGACUCGCCCUCGGACUCGGCAGCGCUCAAGGCGAGAGAGGCUGGCUUUUCUCCACCACAAGCGCAUCAGAGCAGCGCCAAGGUCAAUAAGUAUGCCCACCUCAUCCCGGUCCACAAGCAGCGACGCGCUCCCAAUUUCGAGCUCAUCACCUGGACAUUGCGUCAGGACGAAGUCGUCGGUCUCAUCUACACUAUCCUCUCGCUCAUCACUCGUCUUUGGGGUAUUGGAAAGAGCAAUGUGGUCGUAUGGGACGAGGCCCAUUUUGGCAAGUUCGGCUCUCACUACCUCCAGCAAGAAUUCUACUUCGACGUCCAUCCACCUCUGGGCAAGAUGCUCGUAGGCCUCGCCGGUCUCAUCAGCGGCUACCGAGGUCAGUUCGAGUUCAAAUCAGGCGAAACCUAUCCGGCCGACGUCAACUACAUUGGCAUGCGAGUCAUCCUCGCCUUGUUUGGUGUCGCCAUGGUCCCGCUUGCUUGGUUCACCAGUGGCGGACUCAACUGGAACUGGCGCUCUCGCCAUCUUUUGACGUUGAUGGUGCUGCUCGACAAUGGCUGGCUCGUCAUCUCCCGUUUCAUCUUGCUCGACUCGAUGCUCCUCUGCUUUACUUUCACCACCGUACAUGGCCUCGUCAAGUUUAUGCAGUACAAGUCGACUCCUUUCACUAAGGGCUGGUGGUUCUGGCUUACCUUCACUGGCGCCUCCAUCGGCUGCGUCUCUUCCGUCAAGUGGGUCGGUCUCUUCGUCACAGCUCUCGUCGGUGUCUUUACGGUGGAAGACCUCUGGGAGAAGUUUGGCGAUCUUCGAAUGCCCGUUCGCGCCUAUGCCCGUCAUUGGUGUGCGCGCAUCCUCUGCCUCAUCUUUUUGCCCUUGACCAUCUACAUGCUCAGCUUCAAGGCGCAUUUCUUGAUCCUCAGCCGCUCCGGUCCAGGCGAUGCCCAAAUGAGCAGUCUCUUCCAGAGCCAUCUGCGCGGCAACGAUUUUGCACUGUCGCCUCCCGAAGCUGCCUUUGGUUCCAAGAUCACGCUCAAGAACAUGGGUUACGGAGGUGGCUUGCUCCACUCGCAUGUGCAGACCUACCCUGUCGGAUCGGGUCAGCAGCAAGUCACUUGUUACCAUUACCGUGACAACAACAACGAGUUCAUCAUCACUCCACCUUGGAACGAGCCGCAGCUGCCCGCUAACUAUUCGUCUUCAACCGAACCCAUCCGCAUGCUCAAGAACAACGAUGUUAUCCGCAUCGUCCACGAUCAGACCAAGCGCAACAUUCACUCGCACAACGUCGCUGCUCCCGUCACAAAGGAGAAUCUCGAAGUUUCCGGGUAUGGCGACGACAGUACGGGCGAUGACAAUGAUCACUGGGUGGUCGAGGUGGUCGACGACCUGGUGCAUGGCAAAGUCCCACCCGGUGGUCCCGUACGAUCGCUGACGACGAAGUUGAGACUGCGACACAAGAACAUCGGCUGCUACAUGCGUGCUGCCAACGCUGUCCUUCCGCAGUGGGGUUGGAAGCAGGUCGAAGUGUCGUGCGACAAGGAAAACAACCCCAAGGACCAACACACCUGGUGGAACAUCGAAAAUCACUGGAACGACCGUCUGCCACCAGGAGACUCGCAGCUCUACCGCUCGCCCUUCCUUCGCGACUUUAUCCACCUCAACGUCGCCAUGAUGACGUCCAACAACGCGCUCAUCCCCGACGCGGACAAGGAGGACAUCUUGGCGAGCAAGCCGUUCGACUGGCCCUUCCUCUGGAACGGUCUGAGGAUGAAUUCGUGGGACGACAACUCGAUCAAGUUUUAUCUGUUGGGCAACCCGGUGAUUUGGUGGACGUCUUCGCUGUCGCUCAUGGCGUUCGGGGUGACGUGGUUGUGGUACAUGAUGCGCCGUCAACGGAGGAUCCAGGAUCUCUCGCCUGCGGACUGGUCGCACUUCCUGUACGUCGGCAAGAUCGCUGGGUUCGGGUGGUUCCUGCACUACCUGCCUUUCCUCAUCAUGGCCCGCGUGUGCUACCUGCACCACUACCUGCCAAUCUUGUACUUUGCAGUGCUGAUGCUCGUCCAUUUGAUCGACCACUUUGUCUGGAGACCGACCACCGCGGUGUACUACAUGGGCAGGAAGCAGCGCAAACCGCUGUCGAAUGCCGUCAAGGAUCUCGUGUUUGUCGGCAGUGUCGUAGCGGUGUUCGGGGGCUUCUGGUGGUUCAAGGGCAACGCAUACGGUUUCCAAGGCGACAUUAACAAGCACAAGGGCUUGAAGUGGCGCAAGAGCUGGAACAUCUACUGA